UUAUUCUCAUUGUUAGAUUGGGGUUGAAUGUUUUCAAAGCAAGCAAGGUGAAAGAGUUGGUGUUCAAGCAGCAAAAUGAGUUUGAAGAAAUCUACAAAAGGGUUCAUAGGGAUGUAGUUAGUGAUGCAGCACAACAGAUACUUAUGAGCCUCAGAAUCUGUUUAUAGCUUCUAUUAUGAUCGUUUACCUCAUUAUACUUUUCUGCUUGAUUCUGAAUUUUCAUUUUGCACUGUGGUUGUGGGCCUUCUUCAUGAAUCCGUAACAAAGCACAACAAAGCAUUCAGGGGGGACACAUGCCCUUCUUGUGAAUUGUUCUGAUAAUUCUCCCAAAAUGUGCUUCAAAGGUAAUGUUAAUCUGCCUGAUCUGGUAUCAAGCAUGGAUGUUCAGAUUGCAAAAGCCAAAUGAGAAGCUUUAAGCAGGAAGGAUAUUUUGGAAAGGCAGAGAAAUGGAAACAUGCAUCUGAGGAGGAAGAGUGGCUUGAAGAGUAUGAAAUGGAUGAAAAUCGGUAUAGUGAAGGAAGAGGAGCCCACAAAAACCUGAAAUGUGCAGAGAAAGCAAGGAUUUUGGUCGGUGAAAUAACAACCAUGGUUGAAAAUUUAACCAUGAAAGUAAAGGUGUGGGAGAUGGAGAAAGGAAUCCCCUUUUUAUAUGACGAGGCUCCAUUCCUUCAUAUGUUGGGGGGAUAUAGUCUGCUACAACAGGAGAGAGGAGGAGAAGCAUAGAUCUUGGAUAUGGCUUAAUUAUAUGUGUACAUGUCUCUAUUUAUGGAUUAAGUGGUCUCUGUUUAUCAUCCAUCCAUCAGCUGCAUUGAAGCCUUUUACCGUCUAAACUCCACACCCCUAUCCCCCCGCCCACCCUACACACACACAAUUAUUGCUUUCAUUGUCUUGCAGGAGCAGAAACCCUGUGGCAGAACAAGAGGCACUCUUUGGCUCGAAAACCACAGCCACUAGGUCAGAGCACAAGUGCUAACAGCAUGGUUUGAACCCCAGUUGGUUGCACAAGGCAGGGUGGGAUUUCUUGCACGAAGGAACAUAGAGAAAGUGGCAGGGUUAAUAAUGUUAUGCCCUCAAAUUCUCUUGCUCUUCCAAAGGAUCAUGGUGGUUGCUAGAGUCAUUGGAGAGAACUUUACUAGUGGCAUGCACAAAGCUUCCAUGAUGAACUGCUUCAUUUUCAAAUUUCUAGUUGACUUAGCACAGAUUUUAGUUUAGGUGCAGACUUCAAGUUGAAGUAGUUUCUCUUCAAUUAGAAGUGAAAGUAAGGAUACCUUUAAAUCUGACUGACAAUGUUGGAGAAACAAUGGUGUUUUGCUGGGUUCAAUAAUUGCCCUAUGAUAGCAUAGCCAACAUCACUACUUUUUGGGUUCUUGAUUUUAUUGUGAUGCUGCUCAAAGACAACACAAACAAAACAUAAGAGGAACAUUAUUUUUGAGUUAGUGUGCUUUGUCGAUGCAUUAUCCCAAGGUAUCACUGGCCACUUAUUACUUUUCACUUUCAAGAAUGGUAGGUGGUAAAGCUGUAUAUUGCAGAUCCAACACAAAUAGCAACUACACAAUAUCAUGCUCACAUUCUUUAGUAGCAACCAUACAAAAUCAUGCUUACAUUCUUUAGUAGCAACCAUACAAAAUCAUGCUUACAUUCUUUAGUUCUUUCUCUUGAUAUUUCUCUAUCAUGUGUAUUGGAUAAAAAUGCUAGAAUAGAAUGUUUGUGAAUCUUUGAUAUGAAAAUCCUCUAAGAAUUAAUGACAUCUAAAGGUAUAAAUUCUUUUCUUAUAUUAUAGGUUACAUCAUCCUUGAUGGAUAAUGAUACCAUAGGAUAAUAAUUUGUUUUGGAGCUUUAUCAAAUGAUUUGUCUCCUCUUCCUCCACUUAAGAAAAGGUGAAGAGGAAUUAUAAGAAAACUGAAAGGGGAAAAGAGAGAUCCAUCUUUACCGAAAUCUCAAUAUUCCACAACAAAUCAAAUUCUGUAAUUGGGUAUAAAAUAUUAAAGUUAGGAAAGUUAGGCCACCUAAACAAACACUUAUUUGUGAAAGUAUUCUUAGUUAUCUAUAUUUUGUCAGGUAUCAAGUUAUCUACUUGGAAACUUGAGUAAAUAAUUGAGAGUUGGUAUAGGGAAAAGAAACAGAGAAACAUCUGUGCCUCGGGUGAAGUGGUCAUUAAUGAUUAAGAAUCCAUUAGAAAUAAUCUAUUAAGUGAUGGGGAUUUAGGGUUGUUGAGUCUCUAUUAUUAAGUGGAACAAUGGAGUCUUACAUAUGGGGAUCAGCAGAUUCGAUUUAACAUCUUUAAUCAACUCUCCAUUAGGAUUUAACAUUUGAUUGUUUGUGCCAACUAAGCUUUAUGCUGUUGUUAUUAUCAUUUAUCUCCACUUCAAGAAGUUCAUUUUCUUAAUCUCAUUUAUUAUAGAUAAUUUCUAUUCUCUUUAAUUUGUAAUUGUGCUAGAUAUUUGUAAAAGAUACGUACAAAGUAGAUUCUACAGGGUAUAAACAUGUUAGGUGGCUAUUCUCAGAAUCAUUUUGUAGAAUAAAUUAAUUGCAAAGUU